GAAAAUGGCGGCGUGGGUGAGAUGGGAACGGUAGUGCACAACCAUUUUUGACAUUUAUGUAAUUUUUUUCGAUGGAUUACCGCUAUUAUCGCUUCAUCAAUGCUGUUCGAUUAGCCUCUGAUUCAUUCAGAGACUCUCGAGUAGUAGAAAAGUGCAACAAAAACGACCAACUUCUAAUAUAAAGGAAUCUACCACAUCAAACUUUUUUUUUCGUCAUGUGCUUCCGGAGUUUGACAUCCUCCACUAAUUGUUGUUAAAAAUGUUGUAAAUGGAGAGUACGGCUUUUUCACAUGUCCUACGCACGAAAGAUGGACCGGGUGCAUUUGCUUCCUAUGGAACUUCCAUCAGCCAGUAGCAUUAAUGCCUCUGGUAACAAGGGAAAAUGUUCUUUCCUGAGGCGGUUAGCCUUUGGAUUUAUAAUUCUAGCUGCACUGGGUCUUUUGUACGUUCCAGCAUAUCAUUCUGUCCAAAGCCCUCUCUUAGGUGAGACUUCAACCCCAGGAAUUCUGGGUGGUACGCACGUCGUAGCCUCUAUAGCUCAAUUACAUGGAUGGGGUUACAACACAUCCCGUGACGUGUGUACCUACAUUCAUCCGGAAAAUAAAACGACAAUUUUGAGUCCUUCGGACCUCUGUACACCUCCUCCAUUUCUGCUUGUUGUAGUCUGUUCAGCCGUCGCGAAUCAAAAAGCCAGAUCAGCUGUCCGAAAUACCUGGGCAAACAAGUACAAUUUGGAUAAUUCGUAUAAUUUUACUGUUAGAGUCGCAUUUCUUCUAGGUCAGAGCGAUAACGAAACAUUAAACAAUUCUGUGGCAGAAGAAAGCGAAAAAUUUAAUGAUAUAAUUCAAGAAAGGUUUUUAGACACGUACAAUAACUUGACCCUGAAGUCCGUAAUGCUCCUGAAAUGGGUUUCUACAAAUUGCGAACCCACCAAGUACCUCAUGAAAACAGAUGAUGAUAUGUUCAUUAAUAUCCCGAAGCUUUUAGAAUUUCUGAACGCGAGACCUCAGAGCAAUGGGACUCUUAUCGGAUGUCUCAUUUGCAACGCCAAGCCGAUUCUGGAUCCGAGAAAUAAGUGGUACACGCCAAAGUACAUGUACGCGGAAAAGGCCUAUCCGAACUAUUUAUCGGGCACCGCGUACGUGAUGAGCCUCGACGUGGCCUCAAAGCUGUACCAGGAAGCUUUGAAAACUCCCAUUCUCCACCUCGAGGACGUUUAUAUCACAGGAGUGUGUGCAAAGAGGGCAAAAUUACGACCCGUAAAUCAUCCAGGUUUUAGUUACGUGCCCAGAAAAGCAGAUCCAUGCUUAUUAAAAAGUGUCAUCACGGCUCACAAAGUCAGUCCCACGAACAUGUACACUACCUGGAGUAAAGUCACUGACUCGAAUAUCACUUGUAGCAUGUCAAAUCACAGUUCCGAGGAAAAAAGAGUGACUUUAGUCAGAGGCAGAGGAAACAUCGGCUACUAUAUUGUUAAGAAAAAACCUGGUUCCAUGUGUGCUUGAAUUUCGACCUUGAACUUAAACCAAUUUUAAACCAGAGACUAUGAACAAAACGAAACGACAGUCUUCUUUGUGUUUUUAGAAUUGAUAAAAUUAUAUUUUAUCAGGGUGUCUGCUCAUCUAGAAAACUUAAAAAUUCAAUUUCCUCGAGAAGUUGCUCAAU